UGGGCGGGGAGGUCAGGUGACCCGGCCGGCGUCCCAAGAUGGCGGCGGCGGAGGCGCUCGGGAGGCCGCGGAACCCUCCCGGCUACUGAGACGGCCCCCGCGCGGCUGGCGGCGGACGGCCGGGCCGAGGGCCAGCGAACAGGCGGUCGCCGCCUCUACGCGCCCCGCGGCCGGGGCUGGGCCUGGCGGCGGCGGCGCCGGGGAAUGCCCGUACUGGGCCUGGCCUGUCCCUCCUCAACUUAGGGCGGCGGCGGGCGCGGCGGGCCCGCGCCCAGGCUCCCGGGCCAUGGCGCUGAGGGAGCUCAAAGUGUGUCUGCUGGGGGACACGGGUGUGGGUAAAUCAAGUAUUGUGUGGCGGUUCGUGGAAGACAGUUUUGACCCAAACAUCAACCCAACUAUCGGGGCAUCUUUUAUGACCAAGACUGUCCAGUACCAAAAUGAGCUACAUAAAUUCCUAAUCUGGGAUACGGCUGGACAAGAACGAUUCCGUGCCUUAGCACCCAUGUACUACCGGGGGUCGGCCGCAGCAAUAAUUGUCUAUGAUAUCACAAAAGAAGAGACAUUUUCCACAUUAAAGAAUUGGGUAAAAGAGCUUCGCCAGCACGGGCCGCCUAAUAUUGUGGUUGCCAUUGCAGGAAAUAAGUGUGAUCUUAUCGACGUCAGAGAGGUCAUGGAGAGGGACGCUAAAGACUACGCCGACUCCAUCCAUGCAAUUUUUGUCGAGACCAGCGCCAAAAAUGCGAUAAACAUCAACGAACUCUUCAUAGAAAUUAGUCGGAGAAUUCCAUCCACUGACUCCAGCCCGCCGUGCGGGGCGAAGGGCUUCAAACUCCGGAGGCAGCCUUCAGAGCCGAAGCGAAGCUGCUGCUGACCGAGCCUCCGCCUCUCAGACUCGACGACGAAGUAGGUGGUCCCGAAAGCUAACACGAGGGCUUGGGGGCCCACCACCGGGCUUCGCCGAGCCGGUCUGGGGUCUCCUUCAUGCAAGAAAGAGGCGCGGAAAUUGGUCAGCCCUUCCCUCUGGGAAGGCUGCGGCAGUGACACCCGGUCUGCGGACAGGCUGCGCAAAGGCGCUCUGCCACCAGGAGCUCCGUCACUGGCUUUUGACCUUGCAGAAAGGAACGUGUAAUUGUAUGGAUGGCAGGGUCCAAUUGAUGAGCAGUGUUGUAAUCAAGAUUUUAUGUAACAUUUUGUAAAGGGAAAACGAGCACUUUCGUGGUUCUCGAGGGAAAGAAGACCUCGUGGAGAUUGUAAUUUCCUUGGUUUCCCGUGACCGCUCUUCUGGGGAGAUGGUCAUUUAACAUGGGGUAGGAUACUGUUAAGAGGAGGGUGGCAGUUAUUACCUGAGGGUGAGUUGGUUAUAGGACGGCUGGAAAUGACUGCGUCCGCCGUCUCCAGAGCACUUCCCAUCGCACACGUCAGCCCAGGUGCGCACGGUGAGUUACCGGGAACAGUAGCCGCGCUCACUCUUGGUGUGCGUUCUGACCCUGUCGUGUGUGUGUCCCCAAACUCAUUAUUGGCGCCUUUUGUCACAAGCUCUCAGGAUCAGGGUUGUGGUGGGAGGAAGCUGCCUGGAAUAAACUGAGUGGCAUAUGUUUAAACUGACCAACUGGCUUAAAGAGGAGGGAAAAGAAAGUAAAGUGAUGUAAAUGCUGUCGAUUUUUUAUUUAACCCAAAUAUUUUGGUGGUGAAAACAAUUAUCCGUUGCUUAGCCUGUGUAAACUUACAGCCUAUAUUUAUGAGACCAUUGCUUAAAAAGUAUAAAUUAUGUAAAUACAUGAAUAAAUUCUGUUUCAUUCCAUGUAAUCUUGCCCGCCUUGCACACGCCCAGCCCUCUCGUGGCUGGUCCAUGGGAAGCUCCGCCGGCCAGUUGCGGUGGGAGAGCGCAGCCCAGGCUCCCGUCUGCCCAGCCCCUGCCCUCCACACCCCGCCUGGAGGGCGCGGUGCAGACAGAUGCCGCUGGGACAAGCUCUGUGACAAGCCUGGCCAGCCCUGGGGUAAAAAACGAAGCUCCGAGCUCAAAUCAUUUACCUGGUCCUGGUAUUGUUUCUUUUUGCUUUUACAGCGACCUCAGAGCAACUGUUCAAAGAGAGCUUUCCUCGUUACCAACUUAGCUUGUCUUUCCAUUUCCUUUUUUUCCCCCUGCCUCUGUUAGUGGUUAACACUCUUUUCCCUCAGGGAGCCUAAUGAGGUUUUUAAUAUAAUCUAAAAAUAAAGCAGUGAAGUGAAGUUGGUGAAAAUUUGUUCCUGGUCUAGUUUGGCACCCUUCCAACCUGAGUAUUGUAAGGGGAGGAAAUUCACAAGAUUAAAUAGGAAAUGAAACAGCUUGAAUUUCAAGCUAAAUUAUGUUUUCAGAGCUCUCCUUAAACUGAACAGUCGAAACUUUUAAAAAUAAUUGUUAUUUCUUUGUGUACCCCACUUGAUAUGGAUCGAUUUUAAUGGGAAAAUUAUAACCCAGAUGAAGUAAAAAAAAAAAUAGCUCCUUCCUUACUCUGGUGAAUAUUUUAAGCAUUUGAAAUUUGAAAUUAUUUAUUUUCUUAUUGAAAUCAGAUGGAAGGAAUGUAGUUAGUGAAUUUCUACUAUGGUUUUGUUAAAUACAUGUGGGCGCUAUACCCCCGUAGCACCUUGCUUCCCUCUCGGUGUGAGCUUCAAGAGAAGAAAAGGAAUUCCAGAGACUGGGCUCCUCGCACCUGAAGGUGUCUGAGCUUUAUUUCCUGUGCAUUGGAUGGAUUGGGGCAUCUGGCCGCUGCCCGGUACGGCCCUCACCUUCCCACUCUGAGCCUCUGUCUCCGCGACGACACAGUGAGAGCAGAGGUGGCUUGACCCCUUACUGUGGAGGCAGUGCCGCCUGCCCCUUUCUCUCCUGUUUCACCAGGAGAUGACGCGGACCCGUGACCUUCCCAACAUUUGCCCGGGUCUGGGGGCGCAGCAGAGAGCAAAGUGCCUGUGCGCCUGCUCUCACCAAUAAGGCACGCGAGCGCCUCUGCUCCUGCUGCGGCAUCGACUGUCUUGAGCCCAGACAGACGCCUUCCACAUGGAGAGAGAGUCUCUUCGGCGGUGGCCCCGUGUUUAUUAAGAGCGUGGAUGCCGUGUGGCUCUGCAGCACCCCUGCUCUCGGCGUUGCUGGGGCCUCUCCUGCCCCCAUUGCCAGCAGCCCAUCUCAGAAAGUGACGUGGCACCGUCUCUCGUGUGCUCUUUUUAGUCCUUAGCGGCAACAGCAGAUCGCUCUCCCAGAUGCAUAAUCCCUACACGAUGGAAUGGAGCAAAAAACGCUUCCCUUCAUUUUGUUUGCUUAUGAAAUGCAAAGAUGAAUAUUAAAGUCAGAGGCUGUGUUUUAUUUUGAACACACUUUGGGUCUCAACCUGACUGAGCCACAAUCCAACACACAUAUCGUGUGUUCUUGAUUUGCAUUCGUUAGGAGAAGAGGCUUUCAAGGAGUUGAGGUAGAACCCGUCUGCAAAGAUCUUCUCUUGGUUCCCAUGUGGCACGGGGCCUUUUUUUUAAUAUUAGGGACUGAAAAGAGAAGCAGCAUGAAUGAGGUAGCUGUGAAUGCAUAGUGACUCUCGGAGAUGCUCAAGUAAGCUCUUGGCAGGCGUCUGAUCCUGGGAACUGCGGGUCCCCAGAAGCCUCUGUCCACAUGGGUGUCUUUCCGAUCCUCUGAUAACUAAGUAACCACCAUUCAGUGAUUAGAGGAACAAACUAAGAGUGUGAUCACGUGGCCUUCGUUACGGUCUCGCUUUUAAGAAGUGACUGGGGAGGAGUACCUGUAUGCAGGCCCUUCAGGUUCCACAAGAACCUGUCACCUGCCUUUCCGCCACCAUCGGGGCGCGGUCCUCCCCCAGCAACGGGAGGAUGGUGUCCCUGCAGACUGACCCCCUUCUUUGUUCCCGUUUAAGACCCUUUGAGGCACCUGCCUCCCCCCCUUUGAAAGGAUCGAGCCUUUGGUAUGAGAGGCAGGAUCUCCUCCUAGGGGCCAGUGUUGUCCUUGAGGUUGUCAAUUCUCAUUAUUUUUAAAUAUGUAAGAAGAAAGAAAACCAUGUGUCCUUUCUCAAUGUCUCUUUAAGUCUUGUCUUUGUUUCUUUUCUGUGCUCAAGAAGGAAAGUGGGCGUAGGAGGCAUUCUAAAGGAGACCGGGAGGGGCCGCGUGGACCUGCGCCCUGUGGCCUCCCCUGCAGAGGGGAGACCCGCGCAGCACAGCAUCGCACAGCGGGCUCGGUUCAGGUUCCCCUCUGCCAGCGGGCAGGUCGGCCUCAGAGCUCGCAAAGGCGGCAUUUGCUCAUGUGCAUCCUCUACAUUCUGAGAAAGAAUCGCAAAAGAGGUUAUGUUCAUUCCUAUAAGCAUUUCUCACUCAUUGCUUCAAAACUGAAAAUGUGACUCGUGGCCCCGCAGCGUGUAAGAUGCCGGCGCAGAGCAUGUUCUGUGCAUGACACACCCAGGUGUCUUUGCAAGAACCUGUAGCCGUGAUGAGAGAGUCCUUCUGGAGAACGGCUCAUGGAAGUCCCUUCACUCUGAUCUGUACGAGGUGCCUGCCUCCGAACACUUGGGGGGUAAGGACUCCCCUCUCCAGCGUUCCUCCUAACCUCCUAACAGUAAGCUGGGCAGUAUAAACCUAUAAAGAAGUCUUUGUUGUUUAAAUUUGUCUUAGAGGGACCAACAGCAUGACUGCUGUUUAUGGUUCAUUUCAGGGGAUCGUCUACCUCUCAACAGUUAAUGUUUUUUAAAGAAAGACAUGGAAUGGCCCUGGCUGGUGUAGCUCAGUGAAUUGAGCCUGGGCCUGCGAACCAAACAACCACGGUUCGAUUCCCAGUCAGGGCACAUGCCUGGGUUGCAGGCCAGUUCCCAGCAGGGGACGCACGAGAGGCAACCAUACAUUGAUAUUUCUCUCCCUCUCUCCUUCCCUCUAAAGAUAAAUAAAAUCUUUUAAAAAAAAAAAAAGAAAUGGAAUGUACCUUCAAGGGUCAAGUUGUUGCUGCAGUCCUGCCUUCAAUUAGCUGAGCCCAUCAGAAAUUUUCAAAUAAUUCAAAGUAAUGUUUAGGAUCUAAAUAAUAGUCCAGGCAAUGGUUUCUACACGUGGUAGGCAUUCUGCUGUGCAGGUUUAAAAGGGGGAGCCGGGGGCGGGGUUUAGCUCAGGACUGAAAGAAACAGCCUCUGCCAAUUUCUCUUGAGGGCAGAAUUACUUGUCCCGACUUCCAGUAAUAGAGAUCCAGGCAAUUGGAUUAUCCGAUUUGCAAGAAAUGUUGAUGGAAUUCUGGGGCAUUGGUCCUGUUCUUUGUGCAAAUGAAAGUCUAAAAAAUAUUAGAAGGGUAUUACAUUUUUCAGGAGUCUCCACUUUUUCAAUUUGAGAGAAUAAUAAGUGAGGGGCUUGUUCUGAUGAAGUUUCAUUAGACAUAAUGAAGAAAGUGAAUAAAUAGACCCAAGAAUGUCCAUAUUUCUCAGUUUGUCUUUCAGGGUUCUCUUAGCAUGUAGGAAAAUGAUUUACUUCCCAAAUCGAGAAGGACUCCCAGGAGAAUAGAUCAACCUUAAUUUGAUGGUCUGCACCAUCAGGAAUAACUAAUAUCUGUGUUCUUUCGUUUUAGAAUAGAAUUAGUUAUGGAAUGCUAGAAUACUUGGGGCUUCAAAACAAAAAGAUUCAGAGGUUUAAUAAAAAGGAAAACUUUUCUCUUUCAGUUAUGUUGGAAAUUUUAGAUAGAUCAGAAUGUAUCAUCAGUAGAGACUGGAACAAAAAUCAUGGAGCCUUAAAUUUAACAACAAAAAAAAAUAUUCAAUUUAUUGCCAGUUCAUUUUCAGAUACAUACAGUGCCCCGGGCCUCAUCAAAAUGUUUCAUAAUCGAAACAAAAUUCUGGGUUGCUUUCCAUGAACUGCAGUUCAAGUGCCAAGAAUUCAGCCAAUUAAUGGGAACCCCUAAGACAGCAAUGAUUUUUUGAAAGAGCCUUCUUUAAUUGGCAGUUUCGAACAGUAGGCCUUACCAUUCUUAAUCAUGCAGGGUAACAGAACCUGCUGGGUUUGAUGCCCUGUCUUGAUUCAGGAACUUCUCCGUGUUUCCAGAAGCAAUUUGUUUAAUAUCAGUGCUACUUUGGAGAAAAUUAUUAUUAAAAUAGCAUUUUGUGCUCAGGGCUGAAACUGUCCAGGAAACUCCCACAAAGUCUUGCCAUUGCAGUCGGAAAGGCGGGGGGGCGGGGGGACGGGGGGCCGGCCGGGGAGGGGGGGCACGUGCGUGCCCACUCGAACACAGCACACUGCAACGUGUGACCUCACUUUGGGGCUUAAUCCUAAUCUCGUUGGUCCUUCAUGGAUGUUUUCACUGAAUUUACUUGUGAAUAGUUAGCUUUACCCCUGAGCACUUCCAAAAGCAGAGCUUGAAUCCAUGUGCUGCCUGUCGCCUUACACGUGCGGUUAUUACAUAGCAUGUGCAACGUUUCCUUAACAUCCUGGGCCACACACAUGAUGUCACAGCGACUGGUCAGUUCACCUCGGGCAAAACAGUCGGCGGCCGGCUAGUCGGAGCGGCUGACUGGUGGCUCUGUUUCUCAAACCAUUUGUUGUACUGUGUACACAGAGCUUUAUUGCUCUGGAAAGGAUUUUCUUCACCCUCAUCCAGCCCUGUCUUCCCAUCAUCUCACUUCAUGAGUCACUCAGUUGUCAGUCAUGCCUCCGACCUUCUCGAAGAAUUGAUGUUCUGCCUUCUCUGUGAUCAAAGCGGCCUUCUUGUGUUAUUUCUCUUCCCAUUUUGCAGCGGGCUCUCCCUUAAAGGCACAGGACACCAGCCACCUCCUGAGUGCCCGUGACAUUCCUUGCCCUGCCUCCUGUGCAGACAGAAGCAGGGUGUGCUGGCCACGUCCACCCAGGGAGUCCGACCAGGGCCGUCAGAAAACAUGACUAAUUGUGGGUGAAGAAUGCCCGCAUUUCGAUAGAGGCAGGGGCAGCACCAACUUGACAGUGGCCACAGGACCAAGUAACAGUGCUUUCUGCCAUUGGUGGCGAGGUUGUGUGUCGGAGCUUUGCUUCGUUUGCAGUAGAGCAGUUCAUCAAAGGAUGUAAAGAAUCCGAGGCCGUGGUCUUGGAGAGAAACAGCUAUGGAGUAUGGAAGUGAGCCUAGACGUUACAAUUUUUUAAAAAGUUAAGCUGUCAUACCAAGCAGUCCUCGUUUCUCCCAAGAAUGUCAUGCCUUUUCAAGACCUGACACAAGGGGUAAGAUACUUGUGCCUUUUUAUAAUAGUGUCUAUUAUGAAAAGAGUAAAAGGAAGUUGCUUCCAGUUCAGGCCGCUUGGUAGCGCGAUAAACAGCCCAGAUUUACCGCCGUGGCUUCCCUGCAUGAUGCGUUGCUUGAUGGCCUGUGAUGAAAUACUGUAAUGAUGGUCUGCCAAGCUUACAUGGAUGUCUAAAGACUAUAUUUUUGCAGUCACAACCUUGGGCUGGACCUGAGUCUACAGAUAAACCAUGUGGUGUCUGUACUGUUCGUAGAUGCUGACAAAAAAAAAACUAGACCUUUGGAUUUUUGUUGUAGGAUUUUUCUGUUUUCACUUGUGCUGGUGGUAGGUAGUUUGCCAGUGGUGGUUAAUUUGGUAUACUUUAAAACUGUACUGUUUUAGUUUGAAUAUUCUGUCUUCAACUUUUAUAGAGGGUAACGUGCUAAAAAUCACUACAAAAUUUGUUGUGUUGUAAGCAGGGUGUAAACGUUUUGUUAAUAAAAUGCUAUGUUUGUAAGUACA